UACUUUUCAUUGCUGUCCCGCCCAUACAGGGAGUAACGAUCCUGAUUGGCUGAGAGUUUCAGGCCUGUACUUUAAGCAACAAUUUGACAUUUCCUUUAAUGACUCAACCGUGUUACUAAAACGGAAGAUGGCUGAGUGUCGAGGUGAUGGUGACCCGCAGAGUAAUGAGGACGCAGUGGAUAACUUUAAGUUUUUCUCAAAGAGAGGGCCCACAGGACCUACAGAACAAAAGGAGUCUACUUCCGUCAGCAGCAGCCAUAAAGAAGGAGUCUCUGACCCUUACCGCUACAAGAUGGACUAUCCCUGCCUUGGAAUCUGUCUGAUUAUCAACAAUAAGAACUUCCAUCCUAAGACACAGAUGAGUUCUCGUACUGGGACAGAUGCCGAUGCUGCUCUCGCUGUGAAGACCUUCACUGCUCUGGGAUACAAGAUUAGAAUUUUCAAUGAUCUGACCAUGAAAGAGAUGACACAACUGAUGUUAAAUGUGUCCCAGGAGGACCAUAGUGAUCGCGCGUCGUUUGCGUGUGUGUUGCUAAGUCAUGGAGACGAGGGCUUGAUAUAUGGAACUGAUGGCCCAGAAAAGUUUGAAAACCUGACAAAGUGCUUCAAAGGACGUCACUGCAAGAGUCUGUUGGGGAAACCGAAGCUCUUCUUCAUACAGGCAUGCCGUGGCAUGCAGCUGGACGAUGGAGCCUUCAUCGAGGUCGACAGUGUAGACGAACAAACAUCAGAGAGGAUUCCUACGGAGGCAGAUUUCCUGUAUGCUUAUUCCACUGCUCCAGGCUACUACUCGUGGAGAAACACAUCCAAAGGCUCCUGGUUCAUGCAGUCGUUGUGCGAGAUGCUGCUGCGUUACCACAGAGAACUGGAGCUCAUGCAAAUCAUGACUCGAGUCAACCACAAGGUGGCGCUGUACUUCGAGUCUUCCUCCUCUCUGCCUGGGUUUGAUGGCAAGAAGCAGAUCCCCUGCAUCGUGUCGAUGUUGACGAAAGACUUCUACUUUCCUGUCUAGAUCAAGAAACCUUUUUUUUUUUUUAACCAUUUGCCAGUUUCUGUCUAAAGCAGAUAAUCUGAUUUCUGCUCCCUGUGACCAAAUCUUGUUAAUUUGAAUGCACUGUCAUUACUACACAUUAAGUGUAGUCCUCUGGGAAACAUGUUGGUGUUGAUCAUUAUGUUUUUACAGAAAAAUAAAAGGCACUGGAACUCUA